AUGAAGAAUCUCGCAGAGAAACAUCAAGCUAAUGGCGAUAACGAAACAAUAGACCUCGAGAAAAGUUUAAUCCCACGAAAGAAGGUAAAGUUUAAUUAUUCAACUCGAAGCGUUAUAUAUGGUGAUAUCGGCACAUCGCCACUUUACGUUUUCACAGCUAUAUUUAGCACUCCUCCAACGGACCCACGUGAUACUAUGGGAUGUCUUUCUCUCAUUAUAUGGUCACUGACUAUUGUUCCGUUAAUUAAAUACGUUUUGAUUGUGAUCAGAGCUGAUGAUCAUGGGGAAGGAGGGACUUUUGCGCUUUAUUCCUUAUUAGCACGAUAUUCUGGACUCGCAAUUCGUGGAGAAACAAGAAAUGAUGAUUUAACUAUUGGAAAUUAUGAUGCUGUUUCUAUACAAAGCCAUAAAGAUACACCGAAUUUUAUCUAUAGGAAUAAAAAAAUACAAGGCGUUCUACUUGCCUUUGUGAUAUUGGGAGCAUCAUUGAUAUUAGGCGAUGGAUUGCUCACACCUGCCAUAUCGGUUAUUUCCGCAGUCGAAGGAAUGGAAGUUCAAGUACCUAGUUUGGCAAGUGGUGUGGUUCCGCUAUCCUGUGCUAUUAUAUUCUUUCUUUUCAUUGGACAACAAUACGGCACAGAUAAAGUAAGCAAGUGCUUUGCACCAAUAGUCUCACUUUGGCUGUUCUCCUUAGCUGCGAUCGGUAUUUGGAAUAUCUCUGGAGAUCCGUCAGUACUGAAAGCAUACAAUCCCUAUUACGCGUUUAAUUACUUUAUCCGUAAUGGUUCUGAUGGGUUUAAUGUGCUUGGAGGUGUUUUACUUUGUAUAACAGGGGUUGAAGCUCUCUAUGCAGAUUUGGGACAUUUUAAUCGACAUGCUGUCCAAAUAUCAUUUUCUUUCAUGGUUUAUCCGCCUUUGGUGCUUGCGUAUAUGGGCCAAGCAGCGAGAAUUAUUGAGGAUCCAACCGUUGUCUCAAAUACAUUUUGGAUUACUCUUCCUCAAACAGGGUUCAUCUACUGGUUCACUUUUAUUCUUGCAAUUCUUGCUACUAUUAUUGCAUCUCAAGCUAUGAUUUCUGCUACGUACACAUUAAUCCAUCAGGCUAUGCGAUUGGAUUGUUUUCCAAGAGUAAAGAUUAUUCAUACGUCUCAUCAUCACCAAGGACAAAUUUAUAUUGCAGAAAUUAAUUGGAUUUUGAUGGCACUAGUUUUAGUAGUCAUUAUUGCCUUUCAACAUUCAGCAAAUCUAACAAAUGCAUACGGCGUCGCAGUUGCCUCUGUCAUGCUGAUAACCACUUUCUUACUUACAACGGCGAUUCAAGUUGUAUGGAAAUUCCACGCAGUUGUGGCUAUAGCAUUUUUCUUAACCUUUGGGUUAAUUGAUGGCGCAUUUCUAGUUUCCACUUUGCAAAAAGUACCAGAUGGUGGUUGGUUUACUUUAUCUUUCGGUGCAUUACUUGCGACUAUAAUGGGUAUUUGGAAAUGGGGCACAACCCUCCGAGUUGAAUAUGAAUUAAAAAAUAAGACAAGACUUGACAACUUGUUUGAAGAUCAUUCUGGAACCGCAUCAUCAGAAAAUAGUAAUGUACUCGCAGAAAACAGCACCGCUAAUGGCAAUGAAACAAUUACAUCAGCUACAACCACAUCAGCUGCGAUCACAUCAACUACAAUCACGAUACGACAAUCUCAAAAAAAUCAACUGCGAUUAUUAGGAAGUGGAUUAAAAGUACAUCGAUUGCCCGGAAUUGGCAUGUUUUAUCAAGAUGCAAGCUUGGGUGUCCCAUUGUCAUUCAGUCACUUUAUCCAGCAUCUGCCGGCCGCUCCUGAGACACUAGUCUUUAUUUCAAUACGACCAGUUGCCGUUCCGUAUGUCGGUGAAGAAGAUCGACUGGUAGUACGCAAAGUGGGACUCUACGAAGGAAUAUAUAAAGUUAUUGCAAGAUAUGGAUAUAUGGAACCUAUCUCCCAAUCACGUGACUUUAUACAAAAACUAAUAGAGGCUAUUCGUGCCAUUGAUCCCGAACAAACAUCCUUAAAACCGGAGGCACAUCCCGAAGAGCAGGUAGUCACUUAUGUUGUUAGUCGACAGCAAGUUCGUCCGAAUUCUGGUAGUUGGUUUAAAAAGACACUGUUAAAAUGUUAUGUGUUUUUAUCAAAUAAUUCGAGGGAGACACAUGGUAAUUGGCAUAUUCCCCAUGAAGAUAUCAUUGAUGUUGGUAUGACUAUUCCUUUGUGA